CUCGAAUUCUCUAAGCCCGAUACCGGUUGCUGAGUAUUUGUGCAAUGGGAUCUCGCCCUGAGCUUAAGGUUGAGGAUGAGAGUGCCUUUAUUUCCUUUUUCAACAGUCUUCCCGAGACGGAUGCCAUUCGACUCUUCGACAGAAACGACUACUACACUGCCCACGGGCAGGAUGCUAUAUAUGUUGCUCAGACGAUCUAUAAAACUACAUCCGUCAUCCGACAAUUGGGCAGCUCGAGGAACCCCCUUGAGUCAUGUACUCUAUCCGUUACCGCCUACCGCAAUUUCCUUCGCGAAUGCCUCUUCCAGAAUAGAAAGCGGGUGGAAAUAUGGGGAGCAAAAUUGAGGAAUAAGUGGGGCAUUACGAAGAAGGCUUCUCCUGGAAAUCUUCAAGAUGUUGAGGAUGAUUUCGCCGGCCAGAUCGAUUCAUCUCCCAUUAUCCUUGCUGUGAGGAUAUCAGUCAAGGGAGAGGAGCGGAAUGUUGGUGUUUGUUUUGCAGAUGCCAGUGUUCGGGAGCUGGGCGUGAGCGAGUUUGCCGAUAACGACCUAUACUCCAAUUUCGAAUCUCUCAUCAUCCAACUUGGUGUCAAAGAGUGCGUUGUUCAAUCGGAUGAGCAGAACAAGGAUUAUGAACUGGGAAAACUUCGAGGAAUUAUCGAGCGCUGUGGGAUAGUUAUGACCUUUCGGAAGGCUUCCGAGUUUUCGGUCAAAGACAUCGAGCAAGACCUCUCCCGACUUCUUACAAGUGAAAUUGCUGCCGGUGUCUUACCACAGGUGGAAAACAAGCUUGCCAUGGCAGCUGCUUCCGCCUUGAUACGAUAUCUACAGCUUAUGAGCGACGAUCUUAACUUUGGCCAAUACCGUCUUUACCAACACGAUCUUGCCCAGUAUAUGAAGUUGGAUGCAUCAGCAGUUAAAGCGCUUAACUUGAUGCCUGGACCCCGAGAUGGUUCAAAGAAUAUGUCGCUAUACGGCCUUCUUAAUAAGUGUAAGACCGCCAUAGGGACCCGGCUGCUGGGCCAAUGGCUUAAGCAACCGUUAAUGAGUCUUGAAGAAAUCAAAAAACGGCAAUUUUUGGUGGAAGCGUUCGUUGAGGACACUGAACUCCGGCAGACGAUGCAGGAGGAGCACUUAAAGAGCAUACCAGAUCUUUACCGGCUCUCUAAACGAUUCCAAAAAAACUUGGCAAACUUGGAAGAUGUUGUCAGAGCAUACCAAGUUGCCAUCAGAAUCCCGGGGUUCAUUUCAACCUUUGAAGGUGUGAUGGAUGAGACGUAUAAAGACCCGCUUGAUCUGCGAUACACAACCAAACUACGGGAAAUAUAUGGCAACUUGGAAAAGCUACAAGAGCUGGUCGAAACCACUGUGGACCUUGAUGCUCUUGAUAAUCACGAAUUCAUUAUCAAGCCAGAAUUUAGCGAUGAUCUUAAAUUGGUUCGGGAUAAGCUGGAUAAACUGAAGAGGGCAAUGGACACCGAGCACCACAGAGUCGGAAGCGAUCUGGGCCAGGAGGUUGACAAGAAGCUUUUCAUGGAGAACCAUAAGACAUAUGGGUGGUGUUUCCGUUUGACCCGUGCCGAGGCAGGUUCAAUAAGGAAUCAGAAGGAAUAUAGAGAAAUAUCAACCAUGAAGAAUGGUGUUUUCUUUACGACCACUGUCAUGCAGGAUCUGAAGCGGGAUUUUGAUAAGUCAACGUACAUAUAUAACAAGACACAGAGCGGACUAGUGGAUGAAGUUGUCACCGUAGCAUCCUCCUAUUGCCCAGUUCUGGAAGAAUUGGCCGCCGUGCUAGCCCAUCUAGACGUUAUUGUUAGUUUCGCUCACGUUUCGGUUCAUGCUCCAUCACCGUAUGUCAAGCCGAAGAUGCAUGCAAGAGGAGAGGGAAACACUAUUUUGAAGGAAGCCCGACAUCCAUGCAUGGAAAUGCAGGACGACAUUCAAUUCAUCACGAACGAUGUCAGCUUAUGCAGAGGCAGCUCGGAGUUUUUGAUAAUCACAGGUCCCAACAUGGGUGGUAAAUCCACUUACAUCCGGCAGAUUGGCGUCAUCGCUCUAAUGGCCCAGGUUGGAUGCUUCGUUCCAUGCUCCGAGGCGGAAUUGACGAUUUUCGAUUGUAUACUUGCUCGCGUCGGAGCCAGCGACUCGCAAAUGAAGGGUGUGUCCACAUUCAUGGCCGAGAUGUUGGAGACCUCGACUAUCCUCAAGUCGGCUACUUCCGAGUCCCUGAUUAUCAUCGAUGAGCUUGGGCGAGGUACCAGUACCUAUGAUGGGUUCGGGCUUGCUUGGGCUAUCUCAGAACACAUUGUCAAGGAAAUUAGGUGUUUUGCGAUGUUCGCAACUCAUUUUCACGAAUUGACGGCGCUAGUCGACGAAUACCCCUCCGUAAAGAACUUGCACGUCAUUGCACAUGUGACUUUGCUUUAUAAAGUCGACGAAGGCGUUUCCGACCAGAGCUUCGGUAUUCAUGUCGCGGAACUUGUUCGCUUCCCACAAAAGGUAAUCAACAUGGCCAAGCGUAAAGCAGACGAACUCGAAGACUUUACCGGCAAACACGAACAGAAGGCAUCCAACUGUACCAGAGAGCAGAUUGCAGAGGGGUCGGCUCUGCUAAAAAAGGUAUUGGUCGAGUGGAAAAACAAGGUGGAGGACUCGGGGAUGACCCCCGCUCAAAUGAGGGGUGAACUCAUAAAAUUGAUCCAAGCACCGGAGCACAAGGAAGCUUUGGAUAAUGAUCCAUUCUUCCAAUCAGUUAAGGCCCUGUAG